AUGGAGUUUAUGAAGGGAGAGCAAGUGUUGUUGAAGGUUUCACUCAUGAAUGGUGUGGUGAGGUUUGGUAAGCGUGGUAAUCUCAGUCUGAGGUAUAUUGGGCCAUUCAAAGUUCUUAAGCAUGUGGGAGAGUAUUCGGUCCUGUUUGAUGAAAAUCUGUCUUAUGAGGAGGAUCCUAUAGCUAUUCUGGAUAGGGAAGUUCGCAAGUUGAUGUCUAAGAAGAUUGCAUAUGUGAAGGUCCAAUGGAAUAAUCGUGCAGUUGAGGAGUCCACUUGGGAAGCUGAGGCGGAUAUAUUCGCAGAAUAUAUCCACCCUUUAGGCUUUUGCUAG